UUUCUUUUAAGAAUUUUUGAAGAGAAUCUGAAACGCUUAAUUAAACAUGGGAUUUGAAAUUCCCAACAAAAAUCAAAAUAUACCCUAAAGGAGAAAUGGGUGGUUCCCUCCGCUUUAUUCCACGCUUUCUCACUUGCACCUCAUUUCGAUUGCAAUGGCGGCAGCACUCUCAAUAACGAGAUCAUUCUCAUUGCAGUCAGACGUUACUAAAAUUUCUACUAUUUCAUCUGCUGGAUUCCAAAACCUUAAAUCCUCCUCUUCAUUAUCUCAUAAACAUUACAUUUAUUCGUCAGAAACAUUAUAUCUGCAGAAGUACAUAGCAGGGGCAGCCAGAGCGCGGACAAUAAUGGCUUCAACAUCAACAAAAACGGGCUCUCUAUUGGUACACGCCCAACUUACAGAGUCAAAGCAAGCUCUAGUAUCUUUAUCAGAUAAACGCGACCUGGAACUCCUUGGUAGGGGCCUUCAGAAUCUAGGCUAUGCAAUUGUUUCGACUGGUGGUACAGCAUCUGCACUUGAACAGGCUGGAAUACCUGUAACUAAAGUGGAACAAGUCACCAAUUUUCCAGAGAUGCUUGACGGUCGUGUUAAAACCUUGCACCCUGCCGUGCAUGGAGGUAUUCUUGCAAGAAGGGAUCAACAACGUCACAUGGAUGAUCUGAAGAAUCAUGGGAUUGGGGCAUUUGAUUUGGUGGUGGUAAACCUUUAUCCAUUUUAUGAGAAGGUUUCUUCAUCUAAUGGGAUAUCAUUUGAAGAUGGUGUAGAGAACAUUGAUAUUGGUGGGCCAGCGAUGAUCAGGGCUGCUGCAAAGAACCAUAAGCAUGUUCUGGUAGUGGUCGAUCCUGCAGACUAUCCUUCUCUUUUAGGGUAUUUGCAAGGUGAAGGAAAUGAUGGAGAGGAUCUCCGAAGAAAGUUUGCCUGGAAAGCCUUCCAGCAUGUUGCUUCGUAUGACUCUGCUGUAGCAGAGUGGUUCUGGAAGCAGCUUGGUAGAGAUGAAUUUCCACCAAGAUUAACUGUCCCACUUUCAAUCAAGUCCCCUCUUAGAUAUGGGGAAAAUCCUCAUCAGAAAGCUGCAUUUUAUGCUGAUGAGUCCCUAUGUGAGGUGGAUGCUGGAGGCAUUGCAACUGCUGUACAACAUCAUGGAAAGGAAAUGUCGUAUAAUAACUAUCUAGAUGCAGAUGCAGCCUGGAAUUGUGUUUCAGAAUUCAGAAGUCCAACAUGUGUUAUUGUGAAACACACAAAUCCAUGUGGAGUUGCAUCUAGAUCAGAUACUCUGGAAGCAUACCGACUUGCAGUGAGAGCAGACCCAGUUAGUGCAUUUGGUGGGAUUGUGGCAUUUAAUACAGAAGUCAAUGAGGAGCUUGCUAAGGAAAUUCGAGAAUUCAGAAGUCCACUAGAUGGAGAAACACGAAUGUUCUAUGAAAUUGUAGUUGCACCAAAGUAUACUGAAAAAGGUCUUGAGGUUUUGAAAGGUAAGUCAAAAAAUCUUAGGAUUCUUGAAGCAAGAGCGAAUAAAAAUGGAAAGCGAUCACUCAGACAAGUUGGAGGGGGAUGGUUAUUGCAAGAUUCUGAUGACUAUACACCAGAAGACAUUGACUUUGGUGUUGUAUCUGAAAGAAGUCCCCAAGAAAGUGAAAUGGAUGAUGCAAAAUUUGCCUGGCUUUGUGUUAAGCAUGUCAAGAGCAAUGCCAUUGUCAUAGCAAAGAAUAAGUGCAUGCUAGGUAUGGGUAGUGGACAACCAAAUCGGGUUGAAAGCUUGCGUAUAGCUCUCCGUAAGGCAGGUGAUGAAGUGAAAAGUGCAGCGCUGGCUAGUGAUGCAUUCUUCCCAUUUGCUUGGAAGGAUGCAGUGGAAGAAGCAUGUGCAGCUGGGAUCGGUGUUAUUGCUGAACCUGGAGGAAGUAUGAGAGAUCAAGAUGCAAUAGAUUGCUGUAAUAAAUAUGGGGUUUCUCUCAUGUUCACAAAAGUUAGACAUUUCAAGCAUUAGGCUUCUUUUGUGAAUAUUCUUAAUUUUGAUUUGCACCAGGCUUUGAAAUCACGCUUUUUUGAGACUUGUUUGGGAUGAGAGCUUGUAGACAAGCUGAUGGGUAAUGGGCAUGCAUUCUUUGCUCAUAUGCCUUUAUUGUAAUGCAUUAUUAAACAAAGCUUAUUGGGACUGAAAUUUAUGAGUUUAUUGGUUUAAAGCUUAUGAUGAGUUUUUCUAAUCAAUUCCAAAGUUUGUGCAUUCU